GUUAAUAGCCGAGACAUGCAACUUGGUCAAUUACCAAGUGCUACCCAACACUUCACCUACUAACCAAACGAGUGCUGAGAUACAACAUGCUCAUGCACAAACCGGCGGAGGCGGGGUUGGUAGGCUAGCAGCAGGAUGAAAAGGAAAGAUCCCUUCAUAAAAGGUAACAUCACAUGAUGUAAAAAUACGAUGAGUGUCCAUAUCAUAAACCCGAUAUCCCUACUGCCCAAGAGGACAGCCGAAAAACAAACAAGGUCUCAACGUUUCUUCGAACUUGUCAAGGUGGUGGCUGGCAUUUUUAGCAAAAACCAGGCACCCAAAUGUUCGAAUGUGACUGUAACCGGGGGAACUUCCAAACAUCAAUUUGAAGGGAGACUUACCACCAAUGACUCGGGAAGGAAACCGGUUGAUCAAGUACGCAACAGUCAACACGCCCUCACCCCAAUACUUUAUGGGCAAGUUCGCAUGAAACCGGAGGGCACGGGUGAUCUCAAGCAAGUGAUUGUGCUUCCUCUCAACGACCCUAUUAUGUUGGAGAGUAUCGACACAAGAGGUCUGAAGGAGAAUGCCUUCUAGUUCGUAGUACUCCUUGAGCAGAGCAGUCUGAAACUCAAAUCCGUUGUCAGCCUGAAUCUUCGCAACAGAGUAACCAUGUUGACGUACACCGGGUUACAAAGCAUUAUCAAAUACUGAGCCACCUCCGACUUAUACCGUAACAAAUAAACACACACUACGAUUGUAAUCAUCAACUAUAGUAAGGAAGUAGUGAGAAUCAUUGAGGGAAAAGGAACUCGAUAUUCUCCCCAAAUAUCGACAUGUAUCAAUUCAAAAGGCCAAGUACUCUUUACUGAACUUAAAGAAAAAGAAUCUCGAGUCUGUUUAGCUCGCAAACAGGAAGAACAACUGUCUUUAGAUAACCGAGUGCUAUGCGGAAACAAAUGUAACAACAAAAUUUGAUCUCUAGAGGGAUGACCAAAACGAGAGUGCCAAAGCUCCAGCGUGGCAACCUCUUUCCCUUGUGUCGCGUUCACCAUGGCGUGCUUAACUUCAUCGAACAAACGCAUGUGAUAGAGGUCUUCACGUUGUUUACCCAUCCCAAUCAUCUUCUUGAAUGUAAGUCCUGUAUCACACACAAGUCAUGCAAGAACAUCAAAGCAAUGGGAAAAUCGAUGGUAAGACGACUAACGAACAAGAAAUUGCACUUGAACUCAUGAACCAGCAGAGCACGAGGCAAGACCAUCCCAUUGCCCAACUGAACAGAAUCAAUUUUGCCAACCCCAACCAUAUCACCAUUCGGAAUGCUAACUUUUAAAUCAAAGGAACUACCCCACGAAGCAACAUAGACUGAUCCUUGACUAUAUGUUCAUUGCACCUCGAGUCGAUGAUCUACUCAUCGAGGUUAGAGAAUUUACCUUGCAUCUUAGAGGAGGCCGAAUCGAGAGACCCGACGUCCCCUUUCAAGAAACUCUGGAGCUGCUCAAGUUAGGAGAGUGAUAGGCCAGAUACGGGGCUUUUCCCAGCUUCGAUAUUCGACGUGCGAUGAUGGGGACGAGGACGAUCGGGAGGCUUGCGCUUCGCUCCAGAUUCGGCCCCUUUCUCUGGCCAUCCAAUGAUGUCGAAGCAUCGCUCCUUUAAGUGACCCGUCUUCCUACAAUGAGUGCAUUUGGACCGUUCUCUUGCUCCAGGCCGAGACUGGGUGGCAUCGCGGGUCAAAAAGGCAGUUGCCUUGGGAACAACCCGUUGGGUGAAAGCGAUCCGCCUCUGAUGUGCAUCGUUAAUGACCAACUGGCAAGCCUCAGACAAGCUAGGCAUUACCUUCAUCAAUAAAACUUGAGUCUUUACCGUAGUAAACGACAUUUCGAGUCCGAUGAGAAAGUCAGACAACCAAAAUUUCUCCUCACGGGCGUGAUUCUUUUUAUCCUGGCCACAAGUACACAAACCACACGAGAUCAACCCAAACAUCUUUUGUUGUUUUGGCAUGACGCAUCCCACACCGGACUUACUUAUCAAUGGUGCAGGUUAACCAGUUGCAUGACAUCCGUGGGUUCUGGUAUGGUACUGUCAACGAAUCCCAACUUGUUCUUCACCAAAGGGAGUUCGUCGUAUCGUGAAUCCAAUCUUCAUAGUUGGAUUCAUUGAGGAGUUCACCAACAUAGACUUGAUUAGCGUUAUCAGACUAACUAAGAAACAUCGGAGACGAAGGAUUCGUCUCAUACAAACCAAAGCCGCCACUGGCGGACGAGGUAGCCAGACAUGCAACUUGGUCAAUUACCAAGUGCUACCCAACACUUCACUUACUAACCAAACGAGUGCUUGAGCUACAACAUGCUCACGCACAAACACGUCCAACAACAAAUUUUGAACCGAACAAAGAGCAAUUCGAUUGUGUUUCAGCUUCGCGAUCUGGUUCAGUUUGCGUUUCCCGAACCGCAUGCCCACCCACCCUCGACCAAGUAUGGACAAAAAGAGCCCGUACAAGGCAGAAAAGGUGGUGGUAGAGCCCGGGAUGGUCUAGAAGGGUACAUAGAGAGUGGUCAUGUGUGGGGAGGUACGAAAGCCACGCUCCCCUCUUCCACAUCAGCCAAUCAUAAUAACUUUCCAGCUUCUUUCAUCAUCGUCCAGUCCACCACCACACUCUCUUAUCAUCUCUCCCUCCUUCCAUUUCCUCAUUUUUCAUUUGCAACAAGUUGUCCCUUCCCUCCCCUCCAGCAGAAGGUAACAUUUAGAAGAAACAAAGAAAGAAAUGGCGUUACAGCUACAAUCAACAAGGCUUCAAGCCUCAGGCCCCUCAUCCCCCUGUCUCUCAUCAUUAUCUCCUUCCCCUCAAAAUGCUGGGCUCAGGCCGCCACCAGAUCGCUUUGCCCUGAAAUCAGCCUUCUUCUCUCCCUCACUUCACCUCUUCACAGCUUCACUGCGCCACCUUCCCCUUGCCUCUGCUGCUCCCAAAUUCUCCAUGCGCGUCGCUUCCAAACAAGCUUACAUCUGCCGCGAUUGCGGGUACAUUUACAACGACAAAACUCCCUUUGAGAAGCUGCCUGACAGUUUCUUCUGCCGUGUUUGUGGUGCGCCGAAGAGGAGGUUUAGGCCGUACACACCGGCGGUGACUAAGGGUGCAAACGAUAAGGAUGUUAGAAAAGCACGCAAAGCAGAGUUACAGAGGGAUGAAGCAAUAGGGCGAGCUUUGCCGAUUGCUGUUGUGGUUGGAGUCGUCGCCCUCGCUGCACUAUACUUCUACCUCAACAACACCUUCCAAGGCUGAAGAAACCAACCACAUCCUGCUGCUGCUUCUUUCCCUUCAACUUCAUACUUUCUCUGCUAGCCAAACUGUAACUAACUCUUAUGUAAGCCGAAAUUCGGCAAGCUUUUUCUAAUGAUCAAUUACAAUGCUAU